ACACUGCAGCAGAGGCUACCCAUCAGCAGAAUUUUCCGCCGAGCAGACAAAAACGACGAUGGCAAGCUGUCAUUUGAAGAGUUCAAUGCUUACUUUGCGGAUGGGAUCCUGACUACUGAGGAGCUGCAGGAGCUUUUCUACUCCAUAGAUGGCCGACAAAAUAAUAAUCUGGACACUGACAAGCUAUCAGAUUAUUUUUCUCAGCACCUGGGGGAGUAUCUCAAUGUCCUUUCAGCUCUGGAGAGCCUGAAUGUUGCCAUUUUAAAGGCAAUGGAUAAAACUAAAGAGGAGUACCAGGGUUCCAGUGUGUUGGGCCAGUUUGUCACCAGGUUCAUGCUAAGAGAGACAUCCAGUCAGCUGUUGUCUCUACAGAGGUCACUGCAGUGUGCCAUGGAGGCUGUGGAAGAGCAGAGCAGCCCUGCCCCGAGAGAGGUAAAGGCGCCCGAGCUGACAGCAGUACAGAGGAAUGGCAGGCGGUGUGGUCGGAGGGUCCAUAAUAACCUGUGCAUGUCCCCAUCAGAUCCCUGUUCUGGCAUCCUGACCACAGGGGUGAGCAUGGAAGAUGGAGAGAACUGGUGCUCCCAAAUUAACAGGCUGCAGCAACUUCUGGAUAAACUGGAGUGUCAGAGUCCCAAGUUGGAGCCACUGAAAGAGGACACGCUGGCCAGCACGUACAAGUCUAACAUCCUGCUGGUUCAGAGGCAGAUGUCGGUGGCCGACGAAGAUCUGGACAACUUCCAGAAAGUUCUGACAAGCUACACUGAUGCCACAUCAGCCCACACUGACAACCUGCAUGUGUCCGUUCAGAAGCUCCCGGGAAAGUCGUGUUACAUAAUGUAUGAGUUCUGGCAAGACCGCAUCUCCUGGAUGAGCUACCUGCAGUCCAACAACAGUAAAGAUUUCCAGCGCUGCAUCAUUGACAUGUUGGAGGAUGCUGAAGUAGUAUCCACUAUGUUGCUCCCAGCUUCCUGGUGGAUUAUGACUAACAACUAACAACUGAAUCCAGAAUGCCACAUCUACUGCCUACACUGUCACAUGGACAAAGACGCACUGGUGCAGCAAGCGACCCACCCACCCGCAGGCACACACGCAGACACACACAUACACACACACACACACAUAAAAUAAGAUAAAAGUACGCACACACGCGCGCACACACACAGAAGAAUUCAAAAGGCAUCCGUGUGUUUGAAAGCAUCAGAAGACAGAGACAAUGGCGUCACCCGGCAUUCUCCAAUGGCAUCUUUUAAUGUUCGUCUGUCCUCGACUGCUCAUUAUUGUGCUGCUUAUAUCAAAAGGAAUAGUCGACAGCCUAUAGCAAAUCUAUAGACUUGAAAGUGGCUGGUUCUCUGCGAUGAAAAAGCCAGUUUUUUGUUUGUUUUUUUAAUUUAUAUUUUUACUCAUAACCCUCACUUGUGCUAUGGCCCCUUUUCUCUCGCAGUGUUUGUCUGAUAUUAUUCCAGUGGAGAACAACCAAAAAGACACCGGCAUAGGCUACUAGAGCUCGCAAAAAACUGGAAAGAAAAUUGGGAGGCCAGUAGUGUUUUGGGCUUUUGAGGAAUUGUUUACGGAUGAAUACAAUAAAAUUGGAUGAAAAAGCAGAGAGGAUGAGGCGAUGAAGAGUUACUGCAGCCUAAACGUGCAUGCUGAUGACUAGCAUGGCAAACUUAGUUCCUUUAUAUCCUGGCUGUGUAUGUUAUAUGGUAUUGUAACGCUGCUUUUCUUUCUUUUAGCUACCUUAGUGUCAUGUGCACAGGAUGCCAAAAAAAGCUAUUCGAAAAGCUACAUCUGCCCUGAUAUCUAUCUACAGUAUAACUAGAUAUAGUGGUCAGUUAUUUCCAGUUAUUAUCUCUCCUCAUUCUUCAGUCUGAGACACGUUCUUUGUCUCAAAUGUAAAAGUAUCUCUAAAAAUGUGCGUGUCUAAGGGAAGUAACACUUUGUGAGGAGAUUUAAUUGUAUCUCUACGUUAUAAAGAGCAAAUAUAUUUAAUGUAUCAUGUAUUUAUUUUGAUCAUGGCAGAGCUCAUUCCAUCUGUACAUAUGGAACUCAGAUAUAUUCAUAUUUCUGUAGUGCUUUGGUUUGGUAUUGAACACCAAUAAUUGUAAACAAACUGA